AUGAAGGCCAUGAAAGCCAUGAAGGCCAUGAAGGCCAUGAAGCCGAUGAAGGCAAUGCGAGUCCGCCCAGAGUUGGCAGCGAAAUGGAAUGAGGACAUGGAUGAGGCAUACCAGGAGUAUGUGGAUAUGGUGGGCUACAACCGCAGCUUCCACUGCAAGCCAGCUUUGGGAUGGCGCGAGUGGUGGGUGAUGCACAUGCAGGAGAAGGGAUGGGUCAGUAACAAGAAGAAGAUCGUCGCCAACGUGACUGGCUGGACCCUGAAUGGAUGA